AUGAUAGCCAUAAACUACCUCAAGGGUGAUAAGCUGGCAGCUGAAGCCGCCUGGAAGCGGCUUUCAAAGGAGUUAAAUAGCAUUAACAAUAACAGGCUGGAAGAUUCAAAUGCCUGCGGCAAAGGCUCGCUGUAUCAGGAUACACUCACUGCUCUAGAGGAUGCAGUGGCCGUGAUCUGUGACUUGUAUGAUAAGCACGACGAGGUCACAGCCACAGAUGACGAUGAUGAGGAAGAAGAUGACUGCUUCAGCCGGAUCAAUGACAGACAUAUCGGCGUGAAAUUGGAGCGCACUAGCACUUCGCAAACUCCAUCUGCCAAAAAGCGCAAGCUGGUUCAAAAUGAUGUAAAUGAAUUAGAAAUUGAACACGAGAGCACGGUGCCGAUGCUAAUGGACAUUGCAAAGGAGCUGCAGGACAUGAAUAGACAAACUCGCUUGAACGCCCAGCGCACAGAAGCCAAUACGGACGCGCUUUUGGCUCUAGGCACACAGAUCUCAGACCUAAUGCAGCAACAGCUCAAGGAGCGCAAGCGUCUUAAUGCUGUAAUGGAGAAAUUUGUUAUGAAACGCCGAUUGGCCAAACGAUAA